UCAUGCAGCCACCAUGCAGAAGCUUAACUUGAAACUCGCAACUUCACUUGAAUCAUGGAGGGAGGAGACUAUAGAACUGAACAACCUCAUUUCCAAGCUUGAACGAGAGGUCGGGAAUUUGAAAAAAGAGAACGCAAAAAUCCAAGGAUGUUUUACUGUAAUGACAGUGUUAGAAAUUAUUACAGAUCUGUAUCGCAACCGCCUUCCCAAUUCAAAGGGCAAAGAUGUGCAGACCAUCCUGGACAUGAUAGUUAAGGUCAUUCAGUCCUUCUGGUACCUUCACAAGGAAACUGGUCAACAGUGCUGCUUCAAAGAUCUAUCACACACUUUCACAGCAUCAUCACAGUGCAGAGGAUGAUCCUAUUAUAAUUCGAGAAAAGGACUAUACCCAGGCUGAAGCUAUUGCCAUCUUCAGUUUUGUACAUUUCGCGAGAACUUGCAAUCUCCGCAUGCUAUAUCUCAACAGUGAAGGUAGGCUUGUACAUUCUGUAUAGCCUGGACUUGUUGGACUUGUCUGUAUUUUGUGAUGUUCUCCUGUACUAAUUUGGUUCACUAAUUAUCAUCACUCAUUGUACAAUUCAGUAUUUACAUGUCUUGUUUAUACACAUACAUACAAC